AUGGCAGCGUCUCUUCUGCAAUAUCUCUUUACCAAUCCGGUCUCGGAUAUAAUAAGAGACCGUCAAAUCAUAGAGAUUCAUGACCGCUGUAUUAAUGUGAAUCUGAGGUCUUCGGAGGUGCCUGAGAUACUGAGAAGUGAUUUGUUCAUUUCACCUUACCCUACUCUUACCGUGCUUCAGCAGGCCUAUGGCUCGGCAAAAGAAAGCUGCUCUGCAAUGCUUGUCAAUACUUUUGCUGAGCUCGAAGCAGAGUAUGUUCGGUAUAUAGAAGAAUCCACGGGUAAGCCCGUUUGGGGUGUAGCCCAUCCAUUACACAGACCCCAACCUGGGAUCGAUAAUGAGUCGGAGUGCAUCCGUUGGCUGGACAGCCAGAAGCAUAACUCAGUCCUCUACGUCUCCUUUGGAUCUCAGGCCUUUCUUUCGGAAGACCAAACAAAAGUUCUCGCAAGGGGCAUUGCGGCCAGUAAGCAGCGUUUCAUUUGGACGAUUAAAGAUCUAGUUGGAAGCAACGUUAAUUCUUGUGAUUUUCUUCCCGAGGAUUUCAUGGAAGCAACGAAAGACAGAGGAAUUGUAAUCCAUGGAUGGGUCCCUCAGCUGCAGAUUUUGUCACACCCUUCGACUGCGUUUUUCAUGACGCACUGUGGGUGGAAUUCAACGUUAGAGAGUAUAAGCGCUGGAGUUCCAAUGGUGCUCUGGCCCAUGUCGUUCGAUCAAUUUGUUAACGCCAAAUUGGUAACUGAGCAUUUGGGUCUUGGACUGCAGAUCUGCGAGGGAUUAGAUGCUAUACCCAGUAGUGAUAUUGUGGAAAACACAGUGAAGACAGCCAUGGCAACAAAAAUUGGGGAAGAUAUGCGUCUACGGGCCCUGAAAAUUAAGGAAUCCACUAAUGAAGCAUCCUGCAAGUUAAGCGGUAUAGAAGGUUUUGUAUCUUAUGUACUCAGCCUCUGCUGA